ACAUUAAAUAUCCGACUAAAACACAAUCAAACACUAACAAACAUUCACCCUAAAUCUACUCAGUUUUCUUGAUCUUAUGAAACUAAGAUACCUAAUUUGAUCUACUCAGCCUCUUUCAACAAAUACAUAUACGCUAUGCGGCCUCCUUUCGCAGCAAUGCAUCGUGGUCUCAUGCUCGCCGUUCUUUAUUUUCCGGCGAUGGUUCUGGCCGGAAAGCUGCACCGGCCGUUCAACAAUACAAUUCCGGCGAUUUUCGUUUUCGGCGACUCCACAGCUGAUUCCGGCAACAACAACCACAUCAUCACUCCUUUGCAGUGCAAUUUCCGGCCUUACGGGAUAAAUUUCCCCGGCCACGUGGCGACGGGGAGGUUUAGCGACGGCCGCCUCGUCACUGAUUUCAUAGCUGCGUAUGUUGGGGUGAAAGAGACGGUGCCGGCAUAUUUGGAUCCGGAGCUGAGGACGGAGGAUCUAACGACCGGGGUUUCCUUCGCCUCCGGCGGCUCCGGAUUCGACGAGCUUACCGCUAGCAUGUUCGGUGUGAUCACUAUGAAAAGACAAAUAGAAUAUUUCAAAGAGUACACAUUCAAGCUUGCUGCCAAGCUUGGAAGGAAGAAAACCCAAAGUAUGAUAAAUAAAUCAGCAUUCAUAAUAAGCGCCGGCACUAAUGACGUCUUUCUUGGUAUGUUUUCCAUGCCCAUUCGAGCGGAGGACGUCGACACUUACCUCGAUAAAUUGGUAGAAAAUGCAAAGGAAAUUCUUCAGGGUCUAAGGAAGGUAGGUGCGAAGAAUAUAGCGGUGGUGGGGCUAUCGAAAGUCGGGUGCACGCCGGCCGUCGUCACCAUAAACCCCGGUGACGGCAUAGGCGAACGCAGUUGCAACGAAACUAUGUCAUCCAUUGCCUUGCAAUUUAAUCAAAAGCUCCAGAAAGCACUCGAUCAAAUGAAAGCUCAAGAUUUUAAAAUCUUAUAUAUCGACACAUACAAAGCCUUGGAAGAAAUGGUCGACAACCCUAGCAAGUUUGGAUUCAUAAAUGCGAAUAGGGGUUGCUGCGGCACUGGAUUAUUGGAAUUGACAUAUUUGUGCAAUCCAUUCUCCAUUAUCUGCAAUGAACCCUCCAAAUAUGUAUUCUUCGAUGCCGUACACCCAUCUGAAGCAGCCUACAAAAACAUCUUCAAAUCGUUGCGUCCAACCAUUGAUGAAGCUAUCAAGCUUUUUAGCAACUAAUUAAUUCCUUUAUAAUUAUUCUUUUCAAUUUCCCGCCCCCUUUUUUUUACUACAGGAUUUUUGAGGUUGUUUGAUUGACGACGCGUGUUUAUUGCUGCGUAUGAACACAAUAAUGUUUCGAUUUUACGUUCGCAUGUAAUAAAACUUUGUUGAGUAAUUCUUUUAUUAAACUAGCA